CCGAGCCGGGGUCUGGGGUCCACGGCUUGGAGCCCCGUCCAGCCCUCGCCCAGGCGGGGGACAGGGGCUGCAUGGCUGCCCGCCACCUCCUCCUCACCACCAUGAAGCAGAUCUGCCUCUGUGCCGCUGCCUCCUUCGCGAGCCAGGACUGGACCAAGAACGAUGAGAAGCUCCUGCAAGCCGUGGACUACAACGAUGCCGGGAGGGUGACGUCGCUCCUGGUUCGCAAGGGCCUGGUCCCCACCAAGCUGGACUCGGAGGGCAAAUCCGCGUUCCACCUGGCUGCCACACGGGGCAAUGUGGACUGCCUGGAAGCCAUGCUGGCUCACGGCGUGGAUGCCAUGACCAAGGACAGCUCGGGUUACACCGCCCUGCACUUGGCCUCCAAGCACGGCCACCCGCAGUGCGUCAGCAAACUGCUGCAGGCCUCCUGUCCUGUGGACGUGGCUGAUGGCAGCGGCCGAACAGCUCUGCACCACGCAGCGGUCAGCGGCUGCAUCUCGUGCUCAGAGAUCCUCUGUGAUUUCAAGGCUCCCUUGAACAUCAAGGACAAGGAUGGCUCCACACCGCUGAUCCUCGCUGCCAAGAUGAGCCACUCGGAGCUGUGCCGGUACCUGCUGCACCGCGGCGCGGCUGUCAACAGCCGGGACCUGCAGGGGAGGACAGCCCUGAUGCUGGCCUGUGAGAACGGCAGCGUGGAGACCGUGGAGGUGCUGGUCAACGGCGGUGCCCGGGUGGCUGUGGUGGACUCCACAGGCCACGAUGCUGCUCACUACAGCCUGGCCACAGGCAAUGCUCUCAUCCAGCACUUCCUGCAAGAGGCUGCUCAGCGCCGGUCCUGGGCCAGUGAAGAGGAAUCAGUUGAGCAGAUGUCCCAGACGUCUUCACCCAGCCAGUCAUCUGUCAGGGAGAAGAGCAGCACUCCAAGGAAGAGAAAGGCCCCUCUGCCUCCCCUGGGCCUCCCCAACCAGGAGGACCGUGAUGCCUACGAGGAGAUCGUGCGGCUGCGGCAGGAGAGGGCACAGUUCCUGCAGAAGAUCCGGGGCCUGGAGCAGCAGGAGAAGCAGAGACGGGAGCGGGCAGAGCUGGACGAGGGCUCCCUGCGCUCCAUGGAGAAGCAGAUCCAGGAGCUGGAGGAGAAGCUGGUGGUGCGGGACGGUGAGAAGGAGAGGCUGGGCAAGGAGGUGGAGGCUCUGCGAAGCCGCUUGUCCUCGCUGGAGAACGAGAAGGAGAACACGAGCUACGACAUUGAGACGCUGCAGGACGAGGAGGGAGAUCCACUGGAGUUCCCAGGGGCAGAGCUGCUGCUCUCCAAGAAGACGUUGAGCCCCUCGGCUGAGGAGCUGCUGGCCACGCUGCAGGGGCAGGUUCAGUCCCUCACCAUGCAGAACAAGGAGCUGAGGGAGAAAAUACAGGUGCUGGAGAACUACGAGCGAGACGAGAGCAGCCCGUCCGUCCCCGGGGCCGUGGUGCCCGUCAGCCUCUACAACGCCCUGCAGCGGGAGCUGGAGCAGCUGCGCGGCACGGCCGUGGGGGCCGGGGGGCAGCCGGGGCGGCAGGACGCUGCCUCGGAGCACACCGGGACGGGCGGCGCGGCACAGCCACCUGCCGAGGAGCCGGCCCGGAGCCGGGGCGAGCCGCCGGAGCCGCGGGCGCCGAGCUGCUCCUCGGAGGCCGGUGCGGAGCUGGCGGAGGCGCGGGCGGCCCUGCGGCAGGCGCGGGCGGCGCUGGAGGAGCGGGAGCGGCGGCUGAAGGAGCUGCAGGCCCGCGUGGACGCCGUGGAGGCCGCGGCCUCGCCAGAGGAGGCAUCGAGGGAGAAGGAGGCCUUGCUGGCGCGCUGCGGCCGGGCCGAGGCUGAGGCCGAGGCGCUGCGGCGGGAGCUGGAGGCCAAGGCGCCGGCCCGGCCGGCGGCCGGCGGCCCCGAGGCAGAGCCGGUGGCGCUGGAGCGACGGGUGUCGGAGCUGGCGCGGCAGCACGAGGAGGCGACGGCCCAGCUGGGGAAGCUGCGCGAGACGCUGGGGCGCAGGGAGGCCGAGCUGGGCGGCCUGAGGGAGCAGCUGGCCGCGCGGCCCGUGAGCCGGCGGGAGCACGACGAGGCCCUGGCGCGGCUGCGGCAGGCGACGGCGGAGGCCGAGGGCCGAGUGCCGCGGGACGAGCACGCCCGGGCCGUGGCGGCGCUGGAGGAGCAGGCGCGGGCGCUGCGGGAGCGGGCGGCCGAGCUGGAGGCGGCGGCCGAGGCCAAGGGGCGCGAGGCCGCCCGGCUGCAGGCCGAGCUGGCCACGGCCGUGCCGCGGGGAGAGCACGAGGCGGCGCAGGACGGGCUGCGGGCCGAGGCGGCGGCGCUGGCGCAGCGGCUGGCCGAGCUGUCGCGGCGGCACGAGAAGACGUGCGAGGAGGUGUUCCGGGUGCAGCGGCAGGCGCUGUUCAUGAAGAGCGAGCGGCAGGCGGCCGAGGAGCGACUGGCGGCCGCGCAGAAGCAGCUGGAGGAGGCGCGCGACGAGGCGCGGAAGCUGCGGGAGCUGCACGGCCACGCCGAGGACUCGGCACGGCUCGUCAGGGAGAGGGACAGGAAGAUCACUGAGCUGUCUAAGGAGGUCUUCAGGCUGAAGGAAGCCCUGCACGCCCUCCCCGACUCCCGGGGAGCACCACAGGCAGCCCCCAACACAGCCACGCUCCAGGCCAGGAUCCAGGCACUGCAGGAGAAGCUGGAGGAGACAGAGCUGCGCCACGGCAAGGUGGUGACGCUGUACCGCCGGCACCUGCUCUGCGCCGUGCAGGGCCACAUGGACGAGGAUGUCCAGAAACUCCUCUGCCAGAUCCUGAGGAUGCAGCAGCUGCAGGAGCAGGGCAGAUGAGCCCCUGCCAGUGCAGCAGUGCCACAGGGGUCAGGGCAUGGCCAGUGACAUGGCCAGACACGGGCCAGGCCUGCGAUCGCACCCUUUGUGCCCCUUUGCUUCAGGGCAGCACCCUGUCACUGGCACCCACCGCCUACCCGGCCCUGGGGGGCUGUGGCAGCCUCCCACUCCCCCCCUGCACCCCAACACA